AUGACUUCACUAGCUGUAACCUUGGGCUCCAAAGCCGGAAGCCUGAUAUCCCUCGGAGUAGGGCUGAGCGAUGUUGCGCUGCUCAUAAAGCAUGGUCGUACGGUCGGAAACUGGCUGCGAGCUGCCGACAACGAUGCCGAACUAGUCGAGUCGAUUAGAGAGUCUUUCGAUGACAUUCUCACAAGGCGCGGGCUUGUGGAUCUGGCCAGAAUGGAAUCGUUGUGGGGAGGACAACUCCGUUUUAUUUACAAGGGCGAAGUAAAAGACGGGUCAAACGCAGACUCCAAGAACUCCGACGCUCACCUGGAACGCUUUACAUGGUUGAUGGCAUCCAUCGUCACAGCGAUUGAUCUUUGUCUCCCUCCAAAUGAGGUUGAUGAUGUUCUCAAGGAUACAAUUUUCAAAGCUCUGCGUGGAGAAGAGCAAGACGACCAGCUUCGCAGUUCUUUGGAUCUCCAGCUUCACAACAACAUAGCCUCAUGGAGAUCCGUUGGCAAUGCUCACCAGUUGCUCCCUACUAUCCACCGAGUGGUAGCAGAAGCAAGGCUUGAUCUUCUAGGAGAACAAGCCGUUCCACAACUCAACAGAGCGGAAAAGCGGGAGCUGAUACAGUUUCUCCUAUGGCUGCUUGGGGGGGAAAACCAUAACUUCAACGCGAUCUCGGCCACCAUAUACUCAGUUGCACAUGGGAUUCGUGCCGCCGGCAUUCACCUAUGCGUCGGAGAAAACUUAUCUAUGGCGGAACAACCGACAGUCCGGUAUGCCAAAGGGGAUAUCCUGGAGCUAUACGAGUUCUCAGCUCCUAUCACAAAUGAUGUGCACAUCGUUGCUGCCCAACAAAACUGCUUUCCGGUCGGUGAGCCUAAGCAGAUGAUUGAGGCACUGCCUGUAUCACGUACGGUCCGCAAUGUUAUGACCAAAUACUGGGACAAAGGAGCCGAGGCUGCUCGGAAAGUUCGCCUUACUGUCAAUCCUUUCGACCCGGCCGAGGUCUCAUAUCACAUCCAGAGCUUUGAUGAGUGCACUCAUCGAUAUGAAAGCGCUACGAUGUUUCUGGCUGAGGCCGUGUUCCCGGUAGACUCUGCGGCCGCUUUAGAUGCGCUUGAGAGUUUGGUAAUGACUUUAAGGCCGGAAGUUGCGAGUUGGCUCCGGAAAGCAACUGAGACUAAGCCCACACUGGAGCAGUACAAAAGCCCAAGCGAGGAGCAGCUUGCUGCACUUUGUUAUUACCAGUCAAUUGUGUUCGGCUACUACUACCAACUCGUUAGCCUUGUAGUCGAUAUGUCCUUGGUCCAGGAGAAAACCUAUCUUCGAGCACUGUGGGGUCUCCAAGACUGCACCAUGCUCCGAAAUUGUCAUAACAUUGCCCGGUGGUAUAGAGACAUGAGGGGAAAUAUGGCUGCUUUCAUAUCUCGACCAUCUUUGCUUUACUUGUUGGCGGUAAUGUUCGCAGCCCAAACUCCUACCACUCCUUCUAUGCCGGACGAUCCAUUGGUAGCAAUCAUGGGGCCGAUAUCUGUCGUCUCGCGAUCCUUACUCAACGUAUAUGAGUCGCCAGAGGAGAUCUCAAAGAUUGCUGUUGCUUCACUGCCUAUUAUAAACCUAAUGGCAGACCAAAGCGCCGAGCUCUUUGCAGUGACCACAGCCAGUGUCCUCGAAUAUUCGCCCAUCAACGAGUACCAAACUAAAGAACUUGUCAUCGGAAAUUUUCCUACCGAUUGGACUAUACACCCAGUGCUUUCAGCCGACAAGACGGGAUUGUUCAACCGGGUCGCUCUGGCAGCGCGAUGCGCGGGUGUUUUGAUUGGCACAAUUGCACCCGACUUGGCUGAUGCGACACUUAUCUGGCGCCACGCGUCGAGCUUGAAGCUAAGGUCGAGCCGCCUUUCCGCAGUUGAUAGAAGUGCUCUCCAGCGGCAGCCACGUCCACAGCCUUUACGAGGUAUCGAGGUCCUCGACUCGGAUUUCCGGAAAGGGCUUUUGCCUCGGUCGAUGUGGGAAGUCAUCCUCGUACAGAGUUAUGGAAGUGCGACAAUGAGGUACGCAGCGGUAGCUUUCUACGGCAAUGGGCUGAGAUAUCGCAACAUCGCCAACCUGGAACGGCGAGGAGAAGGGAGAAAUGCCAUGGUCGUAGCGCCGGAUAGUCUCGCACAGGUUUUGGAUAUUCGGACUUGGUAUGACCUUCGAAAAACGAUUAUUAUUGCUUAG